AUGAGAUGUUACUACCUGCCUCUUGCUGCCAGCCAAUACUGCAUCCUUCCAAAGUGCACACUGCUUCCUUCAGUUGUUAGAAAAGGACUAAAGACUUUGCAGAGAAGCUUAAAAAUCCACAAGCCUAUGAAAUGUUCCUUUGCACUGCACUCCCAACAGUACUUUUUUCAAAGCUUCCAUUUUAUAACCACUAGUUUGCAGUUUAUUCAGUACCUGGUGACAUGCUGCAUGAAAUGUUUUCCAGCUCUGGAAAUGCAUGCAGCCUCAGGCAGGUUUUUCUUCUCAAGAGUUAAGUCCCCUUGA